GGUGGGGCCCGGGGCCGAGGCUAUGGCGCCCUGGGCGCUCCUCAGCCCUGGGGUCCUGGUGCGAACCGGGCACACUGUGCUGACCUGGGGGAUCACGCUGGUGCUCUUCCUGCACGAUACCGCACUGCGACAGUGGGAAGAACAGGGGGAGCUGCUCCUGCCCCUCACCUUCCUGCUCCUCGUGCUGGGCUCCCUGCUGCUGUACCUGGCCGUGUCACUCAUGGACCCAGGCUAUGUGAAUGUCCAGCCCCAGGAGGAGGCCAAGCAGGAGCAGACAGCCAUGGUUCCUCAGGUCAUCCCCCUUCGCCGCUGCAGAUACUGCAUGGUGCUGCAGCCCCUGCGGGCCCGACACUGCAGCGAGUGCCGUCGCUGUGUCCGCCGCUACGACCACCACUGCCCCUGGAUGGAGAACUGCGUGGGGGAGCGGAACCACCCGCUCUUCGUGGCCUACCUGGCAUUGCAACUGCUGGUGCUUCUGUGGGGCCUGUACCUGGCAUGGUCUGGCCUCCGGUUCUUCCAGCCCUGGGGGCUGUGGCUGCGGUCCAGCGGGCUCCUGUUCGCCACCUUCCUGCUGCUCUCCCUCUUCUCGAUAGUUGCUGGUCUGCUCCUGGCCUCGCACCUCUACCUGGUGGCCAGCAACACCACCACCUGGGAGUUCAUGUCCUCACACCGCAUUGCCUACCUCCGCCAGCGCCCUGGCAACCCCUUUGACCGCGGCCUGACCCGCAACCUGGCCCACUUCUUCUGUCAGUGGCCCGCGGCGUCCUGGGAGGCCCUCGGGGCGGAGGAGGAGGAGGAGGAGGAGGGCAGCAGCCAGGCUGUUUAGGGUCGCAGGAGGCAGAGCCACCAUCUUGUGCCUGAAAACCGGAAGGGCCGACCGCAGGGCCCGGGCGCCUCACUUCUGCCCACCCCCAGCCUCGGGCAGGCUGGCCAGCAGAGCCCCUGCCUGUGGGCACUCCGCCUCCAAAGGGAGAAGGGAGGGAGAGGACCCGUGUGGGGCUGGGCCACUGAUGUCCGGAGCUUCUGAGACCUCACCCCACCCCAGGCCAGAAGGCCUCCAGUGCACAGUUUUAUAAAUUUAAUAAUCCAAUAAGCAAGUCAAGUAUUAAAAAACAAACCACUCCUCGCUGUGCCACCCUUUCUGGCCCAGGUCUGGCUGGGAGGC